AUGAAUGAAAUGAAUCCAAUUGAGAUGCGUGAGGGCGCGGAGAAAAAAACUGAUAAAACAGAUCCUCAGACCGAUGUGUCGCCAGUACCGGAAGUCGAAGUCGCAGAUGUGACCAAUCCUUCUGAUCGGGGUUAUUCCCGAGUCUCCAUGGUCUUCAUGGUGAUUUUCAGUGGUUUGGCUAUUGGAUCAGAUGGAUUCAAUGCUUCGAUUAUUGGCAAUUUGGAACUCAUCAUGGGGGUAAUUUACCCGGAAUCACUCACGACAGCCGUUGCCGCUCGACUAUCGAAUGCUUUUAUGGUCGGAAUGAUCAUCGGCAUGUUAUCCUUCGGUUAUAUUUCAGAUAAAUUGGGUCGCAAAACGGGCGCUGUCCUGACCACCAUACUUCUGGUAUUGGGGAUUGCCCUUAGUGCCGGCGCGAGCGGAAUUACCGAGAAUGGCAUGUUUUGGAUGCUGAUUAUAGCUCGUGGUGUUGCGGGUGUUGGUGCAGGAGGAGAGUAUCCCGUUGCCGGUGCUGGUGCAGCCGAAGCUACAGAUGAGGCGCCGGGAAUGCGUAAGCGCAGAGGUUUUAUCUUUGCCAUGAUCGGAGACUUGUCGGCUUCCCUGGGAUUUGCGUUCGGUGCGCUCGUGCCAUUGAUUCUCUUGCUGUGCUUCCAUCAACAGGUGAGGCACUAUGAAGCUGUUUGGCGAAUUUCGUUGGCCAUGGGUGCAAUUCCUCCGCUUUCUAUCUUUUGGUUCCGAUAUAAGAUGGUUAUGAGCUCUGCCUAUCGCAAGAGCUCUAUGAAAAAGCAACGGAUUCCAUACUGGUUGGUACUGAAAAAGUACUGGCGGCCUUUGAUUGGUGUUUGUGGCUCGUGGUUUAUUUACAACUAUAUUUCAUACCCCUUUGGCUUGUUCUCGUCUACGAUCGUUGGACGAGUGAAUCCCACCUCUUCUCUUGCACUGACCAUGGCAUGGGGAACACUCAUCAAUUGCUUCUAUAUCCCAGGUGCAUUCAUCGGUGGAUUCUUGUCCGACAAGAUUGGUCGUCGUCGCACUAUGGCUCUAGGCUUCGGACUUCAAGCCAUGCUUGGAUUUAUUCUUGGCGGAGCCCUUGGACCGAUUCAAACUAAGCUUCCAUUAUUCAUUGUGCUUUAUGGAAUCUUCCUCACUUUGGGAGAAAUUGGGCCGGGUGCCACUAUCGUCCUCACGGCCAGUGAAAGCUUUCCCACGGCAGUUCGUGGCCACGGUGUGGGUCUGGCUGCUGCAUGGAGUAAAGCUGGAGCAGCAAUUGGAACGCAGGUCUUCAAGCCUAUUUUGGCUAGCUGGGGUGAUGACAGUGUUCAUGGGACCCAAGCUGUAUUUUUGAUUGGCUCUGGAUUUGCCGUGCUUGGGUCUUUGUUGGCAUGGUUUGUCCUUCAGGAUAGUGAUACUAUUCUGGAUCAUGGGGAUCAGGAGUGGAAAGACUAUCUGGUGGCUCAUGGCUAUGGCCAUAUAGAGUGGGGUGCGGGAGGGCAAGAUCAAGGUCCAGCGGAUGCCAAAGUCAUAGAUUAG